AUGAAUAGAAACCCGAUCCUUGAUCCUACCCUUCAAGAGAUUCUUCAAGUGAUUAAACCCACACGAGCAGAUUGGGAUACGAGGAUCAAUGUCAUUGAUCAGUUGCGUACUGUCUUACAAUCACUAGAAAGCUUAAGAGGUGCUACGGUUCAACCAUUUGGAUCCUUUGUGUCAAAUCUCUUCACACGAUGGGGAGACUUAGAUAUCUCUGUUGACUUAUUCAGUGGUUCGUCUAUCUUGUUCACUGGAAAGAAGCAGAAACAGACUUUACUUGGGCAAUUACUUCGAGCACUGAGAGCGUCAGGUUUCUGGUACAGAUUGCAAUUUGUUGUUCAUGCGCGAGUUCCCAUACUGAAAGUCGUGAGCGGCCACCAGAAAAUUUCUUGUGACAUUUCUAUUGAUAAUCUGGAAGGGCUUCUGAAGAGCAGGUUCUUGUUCUGGAUCAGUGAGAUUGAUGGGAGAUUCCGCGACCUGGUUUUGCUAGUGAAGGAAUGGGCCAAAGCUCAUAAUAUCAACAACCCAAAGAACGGGACUUUCAACUCUUACUCUCUCAGUUUGUUAGUCAUCUUCCAUCUUCAGACAUGCAUGCCUGCAAUUUUGCCGCCUCUGAGAGAGAUAUAUCCAAGGAGUGCGGUUGAUGAUCUGAAAGGUGUGCGGAAAACUGCAGAGGAAAGCAUAGCGCAAUUAUCUGCUGCUAAUAUAGCGAGAUUUAAAUCAGGCACGUCAAAACCAGUCAAUCGAAGCUCGCUCUCUGAGCUUUUAAUCUCGUUUUUUGCAAAGUUUUCAGACAUAAACGUAAAGGCCCAAGAACUCGGUGUUUGUCCUUUCACUGGAAGAUGGGAAAACAUAAGCAGCAACACUGCAUGGCUACCAAAGACAUACUCACUCUUUGUUGAAGAUCCUUUUGAGCAACCGGAGAAUUCUGCAAGGAGUGUGAGCCGUAAAAACUUGGACAGAAUAGCACAAGCAUUUCAGAUGACAUGUAGCCGUCUUGCCUUGAAUUGUAAUAGAAAUUCCAUCAUCGGGGUUCUAACAGAGCAACACAUUUCACAGUCUUUGUGCAGACCAAGCCUCCCUAAUCAUCAUCAUUCAAAUGGCGUGCACAAUCCCCGUACUCCGCAUGGUCAGUCUAGGCCAUGGAACCACCAAAUGCAGCAGAAUUGGUCACAGAGCUACAAUGUACAGAAUCCGCCAUAUUGGCCAGGACAAGCACGGCCCCGACCGCAACAGAAUUGGUCUGGGUCUCAGAACUACCCCAGGAAUCUGCCGGUGCAACCACCUGUCCAAGGCCAAUCUUUGCCUGUAAUCACACAAACUCAAACCCAGCAGAAGAAUCAAUAUAAGAACGGGAAGCUACCAGUGAAAAAUACAACUGCAGGUUCAAGUCAGAAUCAAGGUCGCAUUGGUAAGCCACCAGGUCAAAUGAAUGGUGUGAACUUUGCAAGACCUGCACCAGUAAGUCAAUGGAGACCAAGAGCUGAGAAGUAG